GUAACAAAUCAGAACAAAUUAAUUAAAAACUUCACUUUUCGUUGUCUCACUCUUGCUUAUCUUUCAUACUGAUUUUACAAUUCCUGCUAGUUGGGCGGCGAAAAUAAGAAAUUGUGUUGAAACUUGAAGCUCUCAGAGGUUGAGUGUGGGAAUUGGAAAUGCAAUUCCAUAAUAAUCGCAGAGAAACGGCUAUGUUGUGUUUUUACACAAGUCGAAAUGAGAGGGAGAGAGAAUGGAGAGUAACGGAAAGGAAAGUAUGGAGCAAAUUGGUUUAGUAUUAGCGGAAGACAUGAUGGCGAGAGCGCGGUUGUGUUGUGUGCAUUGGAUGUUUUGCGAGAGUGUGCACAAAUUGCUGCACUUUGUUGCAAUCUUAAACCAGGCUUAUAAGUUUGAGGUUUGAUUUGACGCAUACGAGAUCGUAGACAAAGGCGUUGUACGUUGACGAACAACUUGGUCAUAAAAUCGAAACAAUCGCAUCGUACAGGGCCAUAGGGGAAAUUCAUCAGCUACUUUGUAAAUACAUACUGUAUAUAUAGCGAGAUGAGUACACAAACCCGUUCCGGAGGUGGUGGUGGUGGCGGAGGCCGUAACAAGUCCAAGGCCAAACACCAUGAAAACAAGGAGAAUUUGGCUAAGGAGGACGGACAGAAUCAGUCACAGCAGUAUCCGAAAGGAGGUUCCGGCCCCAACAACGCCAGCGGAAAUGAUGGUUCGGCUGCAACUACCGGCUCUGUUGGUGGUGGUAGAGGAGGCGACCAUCAAAAACAGAAAAGGGCAGCGGAGGCCACAAGGGCACAGAUAAUGCUGCUCCGAAGGUUGUUGACGUGAAGGAGAAGCAGCAGAGGGAGGCCGGUGGUGGUAGCG